UCCAGCACGGAACCAGCACCUGUUGGUAGAUACGCCGUCGUUUGUGCAGUACUCAAUCGGAUAGCAGCACGAGAGCAGUGUUUGUAGAGUGUCGGUGCGGUAUAAAACGUAACAAAAAUUCGCCGCAAUUAUAAUUGUAGUAAGAACAAAAAAAUGUGUUGUCAAGUAGAUAACAACCGAUAAUGGAUAGAUAAUUCGAUACGCACGCUCUAUGUGUAUCAAAAAGGUUUAGAUUCAGUUUGGUUCAAGUCCGCGGAGGGAAAACUGGUGUAUAAUUAUUUUAAUUUUAAAUUGUAUAAAUUAAUAGUGGCAAUUUUAAAGUGAAAAUGUUUAAAAAGAACAAGAAAGUUCAACCAUCGGUACCCCCGAUGGAAACACUGGACAAUAACAACGUGACGAAGAACAACCAAGCAUACCAAAAACAGUAUAGUAACGAGCCCACGAGUCCUAUUGGAAAACCCCAAUUGGUUUUUCAUUGCCAGCUCGCCCAUGGGAGCCCUACCGGAUUUAUUUCGGGAUUUUCAAACGUCAAGGAACUUUACGAAAAAAUCGCUGAACAUUUCGAGUUUAAUGUAUCCGAAGUACUAUUUUGCACGUUAAAUACAUACAAAGUCGACAUGAAGAAAUUAUUGGGAGCUCAAAUUGGUUUAGAAGAUUUCAUAUUUGCACACAAAAAAGGGCGACCGAAGGAGGUGGAACUCAUCAAAACUGAAGACGCACUCGGUUUGACAAUUACGGAUAAUGGAGCUGGAUAUGCGUUUAUCAAACGGAUUAAAGAGGGAUCUAUUAUCGGAAAUAUUCCUCAUAUACAGGUUGGCGAUCACAUAGAAAAAUUAAAUGGAGAAAACAUGGUAGGAAAGAGACAUUUUGAAGUAGCAAAAAUUUUAAAAGAAAUCCCGAAAGGAUCAACAUUUACAAUUAGGCUAGUUGAACCGUUGAAGAGUGGCUUUAACAGUAUAGCUCCAAAAACAUCGAAAAAUGUUAAAAAAGCUUAUGGAUCCGGGAAAGAAACUCUUAGGUUUAAAGCCGGUGGAGUUGCAGAAAUCGAAGUUAAGGAUGAUAUAAUGGACAUUGGUGUAGAAAAAAUAAACAACAUUUUAGAAAGUUUCUUGGGUAUUAACGACUCUGAAUUAGCAACGCAGAUUUGGGAUAAAGCAGUGGGUAAAGAAAACUCAAUGGAUUUUGCAGAGGCUGUCGAUAAUUCCGAUUUAGAAGAAUUCGGAUUCACGGAUGAUUUAAUAAUAGAACUUUGGGGUGCGAUUACUGAUGCUCGUUCUGGAAGACUCAAAAGCCUCAAUUAAAUCAAAAAUAAUAUAAAAAAUUAUGUAUUUAGUUCCAUUCGUAUAUUUUAUGUUAUUUUUGUAUUUAUCACACUGAGAAAGUGGACAAUUUUUUAAUUGUAUUAAAAUAAUCACGUGUCAUAUUUUAUAGGAGUAUCAAAUUUUGCUAAUUCAAAUUAAUGUAAAUGUUUUAAACUUGCUUUAUUUAAAAUAAAUAAAUUUAUAAGAUUAAUAACA